AUGGAGAAGCAAAACAAGUCAGCCAUGGCAGAUGGAAGGACUCUGGUAAAGCUUGUUUAUUUCUCUGCAAAUGGAGACAAUUGCGAAGAGUCUCGUGACGGAAGCAUCGUCGUGCGUAGUGGUUGCUCCGUUUUGCAAGGGAGGCUUUGUUUCGCUAAAUUUGAGACUAGAAAGAUUGAUGAUUGUUUAGAGUUUAUUCGAUUCAAUAUUCUUCAACAUUCCGGUGUUCAUCAGCAUCCGAAUGGCACAGCCCGUGAUAAACUUUCGAUUAAGGCCACAGGUGGUGGGGCGUUUAAGUUUGCUGAUCUAUUUAACGAGAAACUUGGAAUUCUUUUCGAUAAGGAAGAUGAGAUGCAUUGUCUUGUUGGGGGUGUGAAUUUUCUCUUAAAGACAGUCCCAAGGGAAGCUUUUACCUACUUGGAUGGACAGAAAGAGUUUGUCCAGAUCGACCAUAACGAUUUGUAUCCAUAUCUCCUUGUUAAUAUCGGCUCUGGCGUUAGUAUGAUCAAGGUCGAUGGAGAUGGAAAGUAUGAGCGGAUAAGUGGAACAAGCCUUGGUGGAGGCACAUUUUUAGGUCUUGGAAAGCUCUUAACAAAGUGCAAGAGUUUUGAUGAGCUGCUUGAGUUAAGUCACCAUGGAAAUAACAGAGUAAUUGACAUGCUUGUGGGUGAUAUCUAUGGUGGAACAGACUAUUCAAAGAUUGGUCUCUCUUCAACAGCCAUUGCUUCCAGCUUCGGGAAAGCGAUUUCUGAUGGAAAAGAACUGGAAGAUUACCAGCCGGAAGAUGUCGCAAGAUCCCUUUUAAGAAUGAUAUCAAAUAACAUUGGUCAGAUUGCUUACUUGAAUGCUCUGAGAUUCGGCCUUAAGCGUAUUUUCUUUGGUGGAUUUUUUAUCCGUGGGCACGAGUACACCAUGGACACAAUAUCUGUGGCUGUUCACUUUUGGUCAAGAGGUGAGGCAAAGGCAAUGUUCUUACGACAUGAAGGGUUUCUUGGAGCUUUAGGCGCAUUCGCGAGCUACAAAGACCAGAGCCAUAAUAAUGAUUUAGAAUCGCAACAUCAUACUGUGCAAAGAGCAAUUCUUAACUGUUCAGGUGAUAACUUUCGUCACAUCCCAGUAGCUGGUAAUUUAAACGAAGGCGAAACCAUAGAAUGUAGCAUCAAUUUAGUUUAG